AUGGCUGUCACUGGCCCAACCCCUUUCCGACGCAUCAGUGCAAAGGCACCCGUCGAGGAAAUCCUCCAAAUGUUCCACGAAGAUGGCGGGAUUGUGGUGGAGGGUUUCUUCACACAAGAGGCAAUGGCCAAAAUAAACAAAGAUGCGGAUCCUGAGCUAGCCAAAUUCAAACCUGGCACGCACCGAGAUCUUGGGGAUGACGCAGUUUUGACCGAAUUCCACGGUUCUAAUACUCGCCGAUUCAGCAGCCUACCUACUAUUAGCAAAACCUUUCGCGAUGAGGUCCUUAACGACGACCUGCUGCACCAGAUUUGCGAGGCAGUCUUCCGGAAGGAACAUGGCGACUACUGGUUAUGCACGUCACAGAUCAUCGAAAUUGGUCCUCAAAGCAAGGCUCAAGCUCUCCAUCGUGAUACCUGCCAGUUUCCCGUAUUGACAAAGCUGGGUCCCCGAAUGGGCAAUGUUCAGAUCAGUUUCUUCACCGCAUUGACUGAUUUUACUGCUGAAAAUGGCGCCACUCGUGGCAUUCCCAAGAGCCACCUGAUGGAGGACUACACGGACUGGGGCCGAGACGAGGAUGCUGUUCCCGCUAUUAUGAAGACUGGCGAUGUGUUUUUAUUCACAGGAAGCCUUUGCCACGGUGGUGGUGAGAACCGUACUAAGGACGUCUUCCGUCGCGGAAUCUCCCUGUGCAUCCAGGCUAGCUUCCUGACACCGGAGGAAUGCUAUACGCUUGUGAUUCCCCGUGAUGUUGUGGAGAGCAUGACGCCAUUGGCACAGAAAAUGUUAGGCUGGCGCUCUCAGUACGCCAGCCAAGGAGGUGGGUUAUGGCAGCACGAUUUUGCCGAUAUUGCCGACCAUAUUGGACUAAAGUCCAACCAAUCUCUGAAAAGUAAGGUGGGAAAUUAG